AUGGCCCUAGCCGUGCUGAAUGCACUGGACUCAGCUCGGACGCAAUGGUACCACGUAACCGCCAUUGUCAUCGCCGGCAUGGGCUUCUUCACCGACGCCUACGACCUCUUCUGCAUCUCCACUGUCUCUAAGCUUCUCGGUCGUCUUUACUACUUCAACCCUGACUCAAAAGUGCCCGGAAAGCUCCCUCCGCGUGUCAACAAUAUCGUGAUCGGCGUGGCCCUAGUCGGCACCCUAUCGGGCCAACUCGUGUUCGGGUGGCUCGGUGACAAGCUAGGCCGCAAGAAGGUUUACGGGGUCACCCUCAUCAUGAUGGUCAUUUGCGCCAUUUGCUCAGGCCUGUCGUUUGGCUCCUCAGCACCCGCUGUGAUGACCACCUUGUGUUUCUUCAGGUUUUGGCUAGGGUUUGGGAUUGGGGGAGACUAUCCCCUUUCCGCCACGAUUAUGUCCGAAUACGCCAACAAAAUGACACGUGGCGCGUUCAUAGCGGCGGUGUUCGCAAUGCAAGGUGUGGGGAUCAUUUUUGCAGGGCUGGUUUCGAUGGUCUUGUCGAGAAUCUUUCUGAGCUUUUACCCGGCACCGGCGUUCCAUGACAGCCCUACGGAUUAUGCGCACGUGUUGUCAACGCAGCCGCAGGCAGACUAUCUGUGGCGGAUUGUGCUCAUGAUUGGGGCGUUGCCGGCAAUCGUGACUUACUACUGGCGGAUGAAAAUGCCCGAAACAGGUCGAUACACUGCCUUGAUUGAAGGAAACGCCAAGCAAGCAGCCGCGGACAUGGGCAAGGUUUUGGAUAUCGAAAUCCAAGCUGAACAAGAGAAGUUGGCACAAUUCAAGGCUGCCAAUGAGUACCCAUUAUUAUCCAUGGAGUUCUAUAGGCGCCACGGACGUCACCUAAUAGGUACAAUGACCACUUGGUUCUUGUUGGAUAUCGCCUUUUACAGCCAAAACCUAACGCAAAAGGACAUUUUCCCGGUAAUGGGUUUGACACAUAAGGAUGUUGAGGUUAACGCUCUGCAAGAAAUGUUCGAGACCUCACGAGCCAUGUUUGUGAUUGCGUUCUUCGGCACUUUCCCUGGUUACUGGUUCACCGUCUUCUUCAUCGAGAAACUCGGGAGGUUCAAGAUCCAACUUGUAGGGUUCUUCAUGAUGUCUUUCUUCAUGUUGAUCAUAGGCAUCAAAUAUGACUAUCUCACAACCAACAAGUACAUGUUUGCAACCUUGUAUGGUCUCACCUUUUUCUUCGCCAACUUCGGCCCAAACAGCACCACUUUUGUUCUUCCGGCUGAGUUGUUCCCUACCAGGGUCAGAUCCACGUGUCACGCGUUGAGUGCGGCGGCUGGAAAGGCCGGUGCCAUGGUGGGUGCGUUUGGGGUGCAGAACUAUACUUUGGGUAAAGGAACGAAAGAUAUCCAGAAGGCUAUGUUCUUCUUGGCUUUUACGAACAUGCUAGGGUUUUGUUUCACGUUCUUGGUCACUGAGACUAAAGGCAGGUCGUUGGAGGAGAUCUCCGGUGAGGAUGGCAGUGGCGAAACAGCUGGAACACAGAUGACUGGUACCAAUUCAUCAUCAGUGACUAGGUAGUUAAUUAACAAGGUUUAAUUAGCAAAGCCGAUCAAUUAAAUAAAUAUUUACUAUUUGGUUAUGAUAUAUAUAUCAAUAAAUGAGCUC